UUGCGCACAACAAACCAUCAGUCAUUACACACCAACAAGUGCGGCUAUCUGGCCGCUUUCUCAUCUACCAUGACUUUCUUUCAAUACACAAAGACUAUCUGAAUAUCAAACUGUACGCAGAGGCCAACUUUGAGUCUUUAUUCUGUACUUGUAUGGUUUCAGCUUUUAUGGUCGUCCGCCUGGUGCAAAAAAGCAAAUGUCAAAGUACUCUAGGAGUGAGAGUUGCCCGGUGUCUCGUUCUAAUGCUAUUGCUUUGUUGCCUAACAGUCCGUUGAAUCGUCUGGCCUAUCAAAAACAGCUUAGUCUGCAGCCCAGUAUGAAGAGAAAUUCUUUUGACGAGCGAGAACAAGGGCUAAUUCAGAGGCUUUGUGCUUCUUUUGGCUUUAUUGAAUGUUGUGAGCGCAAUGUGAGAAUCUUCUUUCAUUACUCACAAUUCAAUGGUGAUCCGAAUGAAUUGCAAGUUGGCGACAGCGUGGAGUUUCAGGAGACUGUAGAUAAGAGAGAUAAGAGACCUGUAGCUAUCAGAGUGAAACGAAUUUCACAGGAGCUGCUAGAACUUGAGCUUGUAGGUGAUACUCGAGUGAGGGGUACAGUUGAUUGUGUUCCUAAAGCAGUUUCUACAGAGAGAUAUGCAAAUCAUCCAUUGAGUAUUCUAAGUUCUCCCAGAUGGAGUCAAGACAUGGGCCGUAUCACUUGCCAGCAGAAAGGAGAGUGUUUCUUCUUGAGUUUUUUGAGUAAUGAUGUAGAAGAUGAAGGGGAUGGACUAAGACAAGGGGAUGAAGUGUCUUUCUUUGUUUCAACUCACAAACGGACUGGAGCUGUGCGUGCUGUAAAGAUCAUACUUCUAAAUCAUUGUGAAGAAAAGAAAGCACAAGGCAUAGUAGUUUCACUGAAAGAUAGUUUUGGAUUUGUGGAACAAGCUGAUGAGAUUGGUGAAAUCUUUUUUCAUCAUAGUGAAGUAGAUGGUGGAAUAGAGAAACUGAGUGUUGGAUCUAACAUUGAGUUUGUUGUUCAAGACAGACAUGGUAAACCUGUCGCUACUAAAAUUGUCAAGCUGCCUCCUGGGACAGUAAAGCUUGAGGAAGUUUCUGAAGAUACUGCAGUAGGGUAUAUACAAGAUGUGUAUGGAGCUCCAAGAUCAGAGAAAGAGGUUCGUGAUCAUGUGCGUGGCACUGUUCAAAGAGAAGAGUUGGGGUGGGACUCCAGCUUUGUGUUCUACAAACGAGACUUGAUAACGAAAUGUUCGUUGUGUGUGCAAGACAAAGUCAAAUUCAAGAUUGCAACAGAUAAAAGAAAUGGAUUUGAACGAGCCACACAAGUGAGACUGAUUGAACUGGUUGGUCAGCCUGAUGAAACUCGUGAAGUCGGAGUUGUCACCACAUUGAAGGAAGGAUUUGGUUUCAUUAAAUGUGCAGACAGAGAUGGAUAUGCAUUCUUUCAUUUCAGUGAAUUUGUGGAGACAGAUCACCAGUUUUGGUGUGGAGAAGAAGUAGAGUUUAGUGUUGUGGAGGAUGCUAAUACUGGUAAAUUGAGUGCCAUUCGUGUGAAAGCUCUUCCACGUGGUUCAGUACAGUUUGAGACUGUUUCUGAUUAUCGCUACAUUGGCACAGUAACUCGGGAACUUACCAGCUGGGUCAGCUCUCCAACUCGACUUUCACACGGUGAUGGGAGUCGUCAUGGUAGUGACCAUGACUCACACGGUGAAAUCGAAUUUGAAAAUGAGGAGGGCAAUUUUGUGGCUCUCACGUUUCAAGACGGUGACCUAACAAGUAUUAGAACGGCCAUCCAUGUUGGAGAUAAGGUAGAGUUCAAUGUGUCUCAGUUGAAGAGCACUGGAGCAAGGCAUGCUGGCAAUGUGACGCUCAUAUCCUCACGAGAAGAGAUAUGGCACAAAGGAUACGUUGCAUUCUUAAAGGAACACUUUGGCUUUAUUGAGUUCAUGAAACAUGAUGGAGAGAUUUUCUUCCAUUUUGGUUCGUGUGUUAGCGAUACAUCAGACAUUUCUCUUGGCACUGCUGUCAAGUAUACUGUCUCGUACAAGUCUGGUCGCUCGUUUGCUGAGCAAGUGACUUGUAUUUCUAAGGAAGACGUGCCAUUAGAGAGUCCAAAAGGUGAGGUGAUGACUGGACUGGUUGUCAAGCAACUGAGAGACACGGAAUCAAAGGCACCGUAUGAGGGUUUCAUUGAGUACAAAGCUAGUGGCAAAGAUACUGACGAUGGUGAGAUUCAAGAGAAUGGCGAUACACUGACGGUACCUUUUGGAGUGACAGGAUUGGUUGAACCAAAGGCUUAUCUACAAGUUGGAGAUAAGGUGCAGUUUCAGCUUGGUUGCUGCUCUGCUACAGGAAGAUAUCGUGCUGUCAAUAUUAGUCGUGAUAGAGAGAGAUAUUCUGGUGUUGUUGAUUCUUUCUACUCAGAAAGAAAUUUUGGAUUCAUCACUUCAUCUGACUUUGACAAUGAUCGCGUUUUCUUCCAUGGAAGUGAGGUUCAAAAUGGCAAGUCAGUCAAGGUUGGUGAUCGAGUAAAAUUCUCUCUCAGUUUUAGUCAGAAAGCAAAAAAGAACUGUGCAGUAGAUUUGGAAAUCACAGGCCACCUGUUGUUGUCACCGAGGAAGACUGAGCGAAUGCGUAACAAAGACAAUGGUGACACAAAUCCAAAGGUGAAUGUUGUUCGUCAACCAUCUGGACCCGACGGAACAACGGGUUUCAAUGUACAGAGGACAGUAUAGAUUCACAGUGACUGAGUUGUGUGUAGCUCAUAUAAAUAGUAUCGUUUGAAAUGUAGUACCUGUCAGGAUGGCCGAGUGGUCUAAGGCGCUGGUUUUAGGCACCAGUCUCUUCGGAGACGUGGGUUCGAAUCCCACUCCUGACAUCUGACUUUUGUCUUUGCGUGGACGAACUUCAGUCAUGUUUUUUUCUCUUGACGUUAGUUACUUUGGAUUUUCGCAAAGCAGCGGUGGUAUGUUGAGUGUACAUAUCUUAGAAACUAAAA